UCUUGAAUGAUCCUUGGGCGUGUGUGUUUCACAGAGAGAGAAACCAUGGGGUUCUGGACACUGAUGGAAGGACUGCUGCUAUUUGCAAACGCACUUGCUAUCCUCAACGAAGACCGUUUUCUAGCUCCAAAAGGAUGGACACUCGCCGAGCUACACCAAACCGGCAAAAGAAACUCUCUCAAAGGCCAAAUCGUUGGUCUCAUCCACGCCUGCCAGUACAUGAGGCUUCCCCUCAUGCUCUUCAACUUAAUUGUCAUCGUCUUUAAACUCUUCUCCGGUUAAAGAAACCAAGUCAGAACUAGCACUUUGUUGUUGAUGCAUCUUAAACAAAAAUUUUAAAUCAAAAGCUCGCAUUGUAUACAUUAUUGUUCUUUUACUACAAAGACAGAGUGGAACAACAUGUUGUUGAGACCAAAAGCUAUGAACUUUUGGUUUAUGGUUU